UCUACUAAUUUCAAUUUGGUCACGAUGCCUUAGUUUAGUUUAGUUUAUUGUUUAUUUGACAGGGACAACGCACAAUUUUACAAUUGCACCAGAGUUAGCCGGCAGCCAAUUUGCAUCUGCAGUCCCUAAAUGCUUUACCGGUCUCACUGACUAAUAAAGACAGCGUUUGUUUUAUCGACACCUCUUAUUUGUCACAAUGACCCAAGCUGAGAGAGAACAAGAAAACAGCAAAGAAAAAGAAAAGGAACGAGAGAAGGAAAAAGAGAAGGAACAGCAGCGUGGGGUCAAAAGACCCAUCGCGCCACCGGCCAUCCCUGAACCCCUUCAAGAACAAAUACAGAGCAACUUCAUAGUUGUCAUUCACCCAGGCUCCAGGACACUCCGGAUCGGGAGAGCAACAGACACUCUUCCCGUGAUGGUCCCCCAUGUGAUCGCCCGCAGACAUAAGCAAAGUGGGCAGUCCAAAUAUGAAGACCCGUGGCUUCUGAGAGACGGUCUGAAUAAACCAGAGAGUAAUGAACAGAGGCAAAAUGGGCUGAAAAUGGUUGACCAAGCCAUCUGGUCCAAGAAGAUGUCCAAUGGAGUACGCAGGACGCCUGCCUCAGCUGAACAGGCCAGGCCAUAUAACCGGCAGAUCCGUCCGGCAGUACUGGACAGUAACUCUAGGGUGAAAUGGACCAACACUGCCCACCAUCCUCAGCAUUUGGUGGGAGAAGAGGCCCUGUAUGUGAAUCCAUCAGACUGUUACAACAUCCACUGGCCCAUAGUUAGAGGUCAGCUCAAUGUCCACAGUGGUCCUGGGGGCUCCCUGACGGCUGUGCUGGCUGACCUGGAGGUCAUCUGGAGUCACGUCAUUCAGAAACAUCUGGAGAUACCGCUGAAAGACUUAAAGUAUUACAGAUGCAUCCUGUUAGUCCCUGACAUCUACAACAGACAGCACAUCAAGGAACUUGUCAACGUGCUACUGCUUAACAUGGGCUUCUCAGCAAUCAUUGUACACCAGGAAUCAGUAUGUGCUACAUUUGGCAGUGGGCUAAGCAGUGCCUGUGUAGUGGAUGUAGGAGACCAGAAAAGCAGUAUCUGCUGUGUGGAGGAUGGGGUGUCCCACCGUAACUCGAGGUUGUGCCUGGCAUACGGUGGUUCAGAUGUAACACGUAGUUUCCUCUGGCUCCUGCAGAGGGCAGGCUUCCCCUAUAAAGAAUGUCAGCUGACAAACAGACUGGACUGCCAGCUCCUGCAGCACCUGAAAGAGACUUUCUGCCACCUAGACCAGGACAUAUCGGGACUACAAAAUCAUGAGUUCCGCACACGUUUCCCAGAAGCCCCGGCUCUUCUUUACCAGGUUCGACUUGGAGAUGAGAAAUUGCAGGCACCCAUGGGCCUAUUCUACCCAACCACAUUCGGCAUAGUGGGUCAGAAGAUGACAUCACUCCAAUACCGCUCCCAAGGUGAUCCAGAGGACCCUCAUGAUGAGCACUACCUGCUGGGUACCCAAAGCAAACAGGACCAGUCUUCGAAAUCCACUGCAGACCGGAAGACCCUCUCCAGACCAGGGGGAGGUCUGGAGGCUGAGCUGAGUGGACAGGGAGGCAGUGGAGACCCCUCUGACCCACCGAGGAUGGGCUGUAGUGGGGGAGGUAGUGCUGGUGGUUUUGGGGGCCAAGGGGAAAUGGAGCUGGGGCCUACCCAGGGCGAGUGCUUGAUGGGGGCAGGAGAGAUGGAGGAGCCUCCCUCUGCCCUGGUCUCCAGGAAGACAGCCAUCAUGAGCCAGUUUGAGAGCAAGGCACUGGGCCUGGAUAAGGCCAUACUGCACAGUAUCGACUGCUGUGCAUCGGACGAGACAAAGCGUAAAAUGUACAGCUCUAUCCUGGUAGUAGGGGGAGGCCUGAUGUUCCACGGUGCCCAGGAGUUCCUGCUUCAUCGCAUCAUCAACAAGAUGCCUCCUUCUUUCAGAAGGCUGGUUGACAAUGUGGAAGUCAUCAUACGACCCAAGGACAUGGACCCUCGUCUGAUCUCGUGGAAGGGAGGAGCGGUUCUGGCAUGUUUGGACACCACCCAAGAGAUGUGGAUCCACCAUAGGGAGUGGCAACGCUUUGGUGUCCGAAUGCUCAGAGAGAGAGCCGCCUUCGUCUGGUGAAACUGACGUCACUUUGCUGGUAAAAACAGAAAAGCAGAU